AUGGCCGACGACCCACCGGGAGCUUCCGAGAAGGGAGAGAUGGCUCCUGGGACACGUGUGAGGUGGGGGAGAGCCUGGGGAGAGCUGCAUUUGGAGAUCGAGGGGAAGAGUCAGGAGCUUCCUGAGCCCUCGGCGUUGCUGACGCCCCCAAUGUCGUCCAGCGGCCGGGGGCCGGGGGCCGGAGCGCGCAGACGCCGAACCCGCUGCCGGCGCUGCCGGGCCUGUGUACGGACUGAGUGCGGGGACUGCCACUUCUGCCGGGACAUGAAGAAAUUCGGGGGUCCCGGGCGAAUGAAGCAAUCCUGUCUGCUCCGACAGUGUACUGCUCCCGUGCUACCCCACACAGCUGUCUGUUUGCUGUGUGGAGAGGCUGGAAAGGAGGACACAGUGGAGGGAGAAGAGGAGAAAUUUGCUCUGAGCCUCAUGGAGUGUACAAUCUGCAAUGAGAUCGUCCACCCAGGCUGUCUAAAGAUGGGAAAGGCCGAGGGUGUCAUCAACACUGAGAUCCCAAAUUGUUGGGAGUGUCCUCGAUGCACCCAGGAAGGCAGGACCAGCAAGGAUUCUGGGGAGGGGCCUGGACGAAGAAGAGCUGACAAUGGGGAGGAGGGGCCAGGGUUGGGAAGCGGUUGGAAGCUAACUGAGGAGCUACCACCACCCCUCCCCCGACGAAAAGGCCCCUUGCCUCCAGGGACUCCCUCAGAGGAUGGCCCUGGACCUCACAAGCGGAAAGAGAGAGAGGUGGGGAAUGAACCCCCCACACCUAGGAAGAAGAUAAAAGGAGGAAGAGAGAAGCACCUGAAGAAGAAACCAAAGCCCCCUUCAGCAUCUCCUGAGGGUCCCGCAGCCCCAGCCCCUUCCCCACAGCGGGAAAAGCUAGAGCGUUUCAAGCGGAUGUGCCAGUUGCUCGAGCGGGUGCCAGACACUUCUUCAUCUUCCUCAGACUCAGAUUCAGAUUCAGACUCAUCAGCUACGUCCCUCAGUGAGGAUGAGGCCCCUGGGGAGGCCCGAAAUGGGCGACGGCCCCCACGGGGCAACUCUGGGGAGAAGGAGAACAGGGGUGGCCGUCGGGCCUGGCGGCCUGGAAGUGGGGGCCCUCUACUCAGUUGGCCCUUGGGUCCUGCACCUCCACCCCGUCCCCCGCAGCUUGAGAGACAUGUGGUGAGGCCGCCACCACGGAGCCCAGAGCCUGAUACAUUGCCCUUGGUAGCGGGGCCUGACCACCCUCUACCACGGGCUGCCUGGCUUCGAGUCUUCCAGCAUCUUGGGCCCAGAGAAUUGUGUAUUUGCAUGAGGGUCUGCCGGACCUGGAGCCGAUGGUGCUAUGACAAGCGUCUGUGGCCCCGAAUGGACCUGAGCCGAAGAAAAUCACUAACCCCACCAAUGCUGAGUGGUGUGGUUAGGCGGCAACCCCGGGCCCUGGAUCUCAGCUGGACAGGAGUUUCCAAGAAGCAGCUCAUGUGGCUCCUGAACAGGCUUCAAGGCUUGCAGGAGCUGGUGCUGUCGGGCUGCUCUUGGCUCUCGGUCUCAGCAUUGGGCUCAGCCCCAUUGCCUGCACUGCGGCUUUUGGACCUCCGCUGGAUUGAGGAUGUUAAGGACUCCCAGCUCAGGGAGCUACUGUUGCCUCCACCUGACACCAAACCAGGCCAAACGGAAAGCAGGGGACGGCUUCAAGGGGUGGCUGAGCUGCGUCUGGCUGGCCUGGAGCUGACAGAUGCCUCCCUCCGCCUUCUCCUACGCCAUGCUCCCCAGCUCAGUGCCCUUGACCUCAGCCACUGCGCCCAUGUUGGGGAUCCCAGUGUCCACCUCCUCACAGCCCCCACCUCCCCGCUCCGUGAGACCCUUGUUCACCUCAACCUAGCGGGUUGCCACCGCCUCACGGAUCACUGCCUCCCGCUCUUCCGACGAUGCCCCAGACUUCGACGCCUGGAUCUUCGCUCCUGUCGCCAACUCUCACCUGAAGCCUGUGCCAGGCUGGCAGCUGCAGGUCCCCCUGGUCCCUUCCGAUGCCCUGAGGAGAAGCUGCUGCUCAAGGACAGCUAGUGGGGUGCCCCCCAACUUCCCCCAGGACUUGCAAGCCCUUAUCUUGGGGCCCUUUUCCCCAUUUCCCCAGUCCAUCACCCAGGGGCUGGGUCUCUCUACCUUCUGACUUGAUUCUCCCACAGAGACUCAAGAAUAACCCCCAACCCCCUGCACUGAUAUAUUCCUGGGGGUCAAUGUCUUCCCCUCCCAUGCCCCUGCCUACUUCACUGUCCUGGGGGGAAGUGGGGCAGAGGUACUGACUUGGGGGAGGGACUGGGGGGCUUGAAAGGGGGGAAGUUUAGGGGGGCAGCAUUUAGGUGGAGGGGAUUGGGAAUGUGGCUGGGGAAGGUUCUGGUGGUGGGGCGAUCUGCACAUUGCUAACGGGGAUCCAGGGGGAUGGGGAAGGCAGUGGGGGGAGGGACGGUAAGCAGACAAACUGAAGCAUAAAGGGACCGAGGACCACAUAUUUGGGGGAGGGUGGGGGAGGGCUAAAAAGGGAAAACAGAAAGUGGGAGAAACGGGUGUCAGAUUGAGGGCAGCUCAAAGGGAACUAAAAUUGGGGUUGGGGAAAGAGGGAUGAGGUGAGGCUACAGAGGGAAGGGAGGGGAUGGGAGCAAGCUAUGGGGGAGCAUCAGGCAGGCCAAGGGCUCUCCUCUUCCAUCCUUAUCACCCUAAGAUUGUCCCUUCCUCUCCCCUCUCCAACUCUUGAACCGUCACUGACAUGGCAGCUAAUUGUGGAGGUGGGGAGAGGACAGGGGCCUUUACUGCUGUACAGGGAAUCGGGGGCCCUGCUAGGGAAGUGAGGGAUCUCCAGACUACCCCACUUCCCAGAAAAAUACUUGAACAUUCAUCUGUACUGAAGUGUUACUUGAACUUAGGGGACUUUGGGGAUGGGGAGGUGGGAGUUGGGGAAGGGGAAAGGGGUCGGGGGAAGUUACCAGUUUGGAUUGGGUCGUUGGCAAUUUGGACUGGGACAUUUCCGGUCUUACUUUUACUGUAUCUAUCCUCUCCUACCCUCCCCCAGGGCCAGACAGCCAGUGAUGGGGAGAAGGGAUUCCCCAAAGCUGGUUUUUUCCCACCCCUUUUGUUGUCGUGGAAACUUGCAUCCCAUUUGCCCAGGGAAAUGCCACUCCUGGUUGCCAAGGAAGUAGCAGCCAAUGGACACACUCCCAAAGCUAGUGUCCCAGCUGGAAAGGCCCCUCUAGGUUGCCAUGGGAAUUUCCAGGGUUUUUUUUUUCUCCCUUUCUCUCCUCUUUUACUCAUCCCUGUCACUAUAGUAACAGCCACUCCUCCUGAAUCUCCACCCAAGAGGCGUGGCUCGGAGCUCUGCAGCUAGCUCCACCUAUGGGUUUGUCCUGGGAAAGAUACCCCAAGCCCAAAGGGAGGAGUGGCUGAGGAGGCUAUCCUCUGGCCACAUGGACUAAACCACUUGGGAGAGAGGGGGGAGGGGAGAGGACAGAGUGAACCACAUACCUCAGGUAACAGGGAGGGAAAAAGGAUUGGGGGAGGGAGGGAAGAGGUGGACCAAAGGCCGGGAGGGGAGGGGAGGGUUGGGGUAGGGAGAAGCAGUUUGGAGAUGGAACUAUAGAGGAUUUGAAGGAUGAGGGCACAGAAAAGGAAACUGAGAAAAUGGGAGCAAGGGGAGUGGGCUGGGCUGGGCUGGGCCCCAGGCCCCCUGGAUCUCGGAAUUGUACAAUAUGGUUUGCUAUAAAACAUAAAAUCUUCCAGCUGAG